GUCUAGGUGGUAUGCAGAAAAACAGAGGGAGAGGCAGUAAAAGGAAAGCAAGAGCUGUGAAAUAGCUUCAGUUAGUUAGAAAAAUUACUUCUAUUCCAUAAUCCAGGACUGGACAAGGAAAUCAUGAUGAAGCUGUUUUGUCUGUUUCUGCUGCUAACCUGUUCCAUUGCUGCUGUCCCUCUGGAAACCUCAGGUGGACAUGAAAACCCCACUCCGCCCUCCCAGGCCUUCAUGACAGCAACAGACCCAACUGGGGCAAAGUCUCGCUUUGCUAUGUUGGAUGAUGUUCGCCUACUUGCAAACGGCCUCCUUCAACUAGGACAGAGUUUAAGGGAGUUCGUCCACAAGACCAAGGCCCAAAUCAAUGACAUCCUCCAAAAGUUGAACAUUUUUGACCGCUCCUUCUACCAGCUGUCAGUGGUCACAUCAGAGAUUAAGGAGGAAGAGGAGGAGCUGAAGAAGACCACCAGUUUCUUGAAAACCAACAAUGAGGAGAUCAAGAACCUGUCGCUGGAAAUCAACUCUAAGAUCAACAGCAUAGUGCAGGAGCGUACGCAGCUGCAGAGCAAAGUCGGGAGCCUCGAGGAGAGGCUGAAGGGACUGUCGCAGAGCUUGGAGCACGCUGACCAGCUCAGUGAAAUCACAACACUUAAGGAGGUGAUUGAAACUCAGGACAAAACAAUCACAAAUCUACUGAAAGCUGUGAAGGAGCAGCAUGAUCAGCUUGACCACCAGAAAAUGAAGAUUAAAAACAUGGAGGAAAAGCUCAGCUAUGACAGUUUUCAAGAUACAUUUGAUAAGCCAAUGGAUUCAGACACAGCAGCUAUAGAUAUGUUUGAAUAUCUGACAGGAAACUCAACUGACCUGGACAGAAAUGAUAUCCCCACGGACUGCAGCAAGCUAUUCGACAAAGACGGCGUCAACAGUGGGAUUUAUGUUAUCAAGCCAAACCAAUCUGAACCUUUCAAUGUUUAUUGUGAAAUGGGUCCAGAUGGAGGUUCAACUGUCAUCCAACGCAGGGUUGAUGGAUCAGUGGACUUUGACCAGACAUGGGAAGAUUAUGAGAAAGGCUUUGGAGAUCUGGAGAAUGACUUCUGGUUGGGCUUAAAGAAGAUCCACAGCCUCACACAACAGGGUGUUUACAUCCUGCGUAUUGAUCUGGAGGACUGGAAGGAGGAGAAGCAUUGGGCGGAGUACCGAUUUUCACUGGAAGGUCCAUCUAAGCACUACACCCUUCAUCUCAGCCACUUCUCCGGUGACCUGACUGAUGCCAUGGCCAAUAACACCGGCGUGAGCUUCUUCACAAAAGACAGAAGUGAUGACACCACACGAAACUCCAACUGUGCUCGCAGUUACACAGGUGGUUGGUGGUUCAAUGGCUGUGGAGAAACCAACCUUAACGGACGUUACUUGUGGGUGAGGGCAAGGGGACGCUCUGUGAGAAGAAAGGGCAUUCACUGGAAGCCUGGCACAGGGCCCUUGUAUUCCCUUAAGACGACCAAGAUCACCAUUCGACCAGCCCCUACUGCUUAAGGCUUCAACUGAACCUCAAAACCUGUACCGUCUCUUAGAGCACUACUGGCGUUUUUCACAAACACUAACAUCUGAGUGCUCAGCCAAAAAAAACAUAACUACAUAAAAUGAGUGCAAAAUGAGAUAUCAAGGACACAACAAAAGAAAUAUAUAUGAAACCACAAUAUUGCUAUAUUAAGCUGAUUGCUUCCUAACACCAUUUUGCAAGAGACACGUGCUGACCAACUGAUAAGUCAAACACGUCAGAGGUCAAAAAAUGGUGAAAUGAUUCAACAGUGCUAUGCAGGUCGUUAACCUAUUGGGUCUGACUCUGAUCCAGUAAGGACAGUAGAAUUGCCAUUAUACAACAUCUGCAAUCACUUGCAAAACGGACAUAUUGGUCCACUUCAGCAACCUGAUUCAGUGCUGGCUGGAAAAUGUCAGUAAUGCAGUAGAAGAGUGACUACGAUGCAAUUCAAAAACUGAAAUUGCUUGGCUAAUCUUUCCAGUGAAUUUAAAUGUAUUUGACAGCUUCUAUGUUUGAUCGUAUUUAAAUGUGAAUUUUAUCUUUGUGAUGUGAAACAGUUUUGCAUGUGAGCUAAAGGCACAAUUGCCCAACAGGUUAUCACAUAAAAGCAUGAAAAUUACAGACAGUAAGUGACGGUUCAAGAGAAACACUGCAUCUCCAACAUCCUCGCAAGUACUCAGAGUAGUGUUUCCAAUUAAGCAUUUCAUUUUUUCAUUGUAUUUUAUGCUGAUUCAUCAGUGGUUUUGGAGGCCAUGUAAACCAUGUGAGCUGUCAAAUUUCAUACAAAAGAUUUGACAUGCAAAGCUUUAGUAGCACACUGAUAAGGUUUUUCACUUUGUUUGUUCUUUGUUUUUUUUUACUCUGUUAAGUAUUUAAACCAUGUUCAUGCUAUUAUAUAAAUUGUGCUGGUAUUGUUAGAAAGACAUAAUUUCCAUGUAUUUCCUAUGUUAUUGGGUCAUAUUGACUCCUGUCCAUUAUCACAACAUAACUAACUGUACUGUAAAGGUGUUUCAUACUAACAUUUCACCCUGACAUAACUAGGUGCUCUAAUAAUUCCAAUUUAUGAAGACAAAAUAAAAACUGAUAAGACCAAAUUGCUUCUUUU